UUCGGCCAAAACCCAUAUCGUUCCAUCUUCUCCCGCUCUCUGUCAGUGGGCUUUCCUCUCACUACCAUAUUUAUACAUCCAAUGAAAUAUAUGUCGCAUUGUCCUGUCUGUGAUGUCGCAUUUGCUCUGUUGCAGUGGUGGAACAGGAAGUUCCGGGAAGGCGCCAGAAUUGUGUGGUGAAGACGAUAUAUUUAGUGUCCGUUUCACAUGUAUUACAGGGUCCAGAGAUGGCAUCAGUGAAGCUGGAAGACUGCAGUCAAACACUGGAGCUGAAUGUCAACAUUAAAGAUGAAGAAGAAGAGGAGACGAUUGGGAAAUCUGUUUAUGAUGGUCGACUCAGGUCAAGUCUGAGGCCUGUAACAUCACCAGUGAGGACAAUCCCAGCCUGCCUCUCUCCUUCCAAACUGAGUCCAAAUCUACAGUCACUGGGUCCUGAUUGUGACAGUGGAGCCCAGUUUGCACUGCAGGAUCCAGAGAUGGCAUCAGUGAAGCUGGAAGACUGCAGUCAAACACUGGAGCUGAAUGUCAACAUUAAAGAUGAAGAAGAGGAGGAGAAGAUUGGGGAAUCUGUUUAUGAUGGAGACCAUGUUGAGACAUUCUCUACAUCCAGAGAGCAACAGCAGGAAGAUCACAGGGCUAAGACGUCUCACCACUGCCCACAUUGUGAGGAGAUUUUCCCAUUUCUAUCAAAGCUUAAAAUACACAUAAAAAUACACACAGGAGAGAAUCCGUAUUCCUGCACUAACUGUGGAAAGAGAUUCACAACAUCACAAUCUCUGACAGUUCAUCAGAGAGUGCACACUGGAGAGAAGCCUUACUCUUGCUCUGUGUGUGGGAAGAGGUUCUCUCAACAGAUCCACUUACAAACACACCAACAUGUACAUACAGGAGUGAAGCCACACUCCUGCUCUGAGUGUGGGAAGAGGUUCUCUCAACAGUUCCACUUACAAAUACACCAACAUGUACAUACAGGAGUGAAGCCAUACUCCUGCUCUGACUGUGGGAAAACUUUCUCCCGAUUGGAUACCUUAAAAACACAUGAACGUAUCCAUACAGGAAAUAAUCCAUAUUCCUGUACUGACUGUGGGAAGACUUUCUCCCGAUUGGAUACCUUAAAAAUACAUGAACGUAUACAUACAGGAGAGAAUCCGUAUUCCUGUACUGACUGCGGGAAGAGCUUCACAACGUCAGGGACACUGAUAAUUCAUCAGAGAGUGCACACUGGAGAGAAACCUUACUCCUGCUCUGGCUGUGAGAAGAGGUUCUCUCAACAUAUCCACUUACAAAAACACACACGUCUACAUACAGGAGAGAAGCCUUACUGCUGCUCUGACUGUGGGAAGAGUUUCUCUCAACAGAACCACUUCAGAUCUCACCAGCGAAUACAUACAGGAGAGAAGCCGUACUGCUGCUCUGAAUGUGGAAAGAGUUUCAUCCGAUUGGAAAUAUUAAAAUGCCACCAGCGAAUACAUACAGGAGAGAAGCCUUACUGCUGCUCUGAGUGUGGGAAGAGUUUCUCACAACUGGGCAACUUAAAAACACACCAACUUAUACAUAAAGGAGAGAAGCCUUUACUCCUGCUCUGA